AUGAGGCCGAUGGGAGAAAUCGAACAGGCCUCCGUGCAGGUGGAUGAUGCCCAACUGAAGGAAGUCACUAUAGUGGCAAGCCCUGUAGCCGUGCCACAUGCCGGAUCUGAGUCUUCGCUUUCUGAUAUCAGUGGCAAUGGUGAAAGAGCUGGUGGGAGGUUGCCCAUAAACGGAGCCUAUACGUCUUCCUAUAGGUGUCGCCGUGUGGCUUCAAAGACCGUUCUGUCCUUCCACUCAAAAGAUCCCGAGGACCCAGUCAACUGGUCGAAGGACGAGGGGGAGAUAUAUGGCAUGUUUUAUGGCGGCGACGUGCGCUGGUCCUAUCGUUGGACCGCCAAUUACUGGCUUUAUAUCGGUGGUAAGCUGGCGCUGGAGUUUCUGGUUCUCCUACAGCGAAGGGCCCGAAAGCUGCGCAAGGAGACAGGCGACGACAAGAUUGUUGCAGCACUCGAUCUUGAAAAGAAAGGAAUUAAAGAGACAAUGACUGUGACCCUGACGAGACCUCUUCGAAUGAUCUUAUUCGAAUCAAUUGUGCUCUUCACAUGCCUGUAUCUGUCGUUGGUAUAUGCCAUCUUCUUCAUGUACUUCCAGACAUACCCUAUAAUUUUUCAAAGGAUGUAUCAUAUGAACCCUGGAGUUGCAGGGCUGAUGUACCUACCAAUCGGUGUUGGAGUCGCUCUCGCCCUUGGCCUUUUCUAUUAUUGGGACAAUUUCCUCCACCGUGCUAAACUUCGACACGCUCCUUGGUCUUCGGUUGAGGAAUAUCGGCGACUCCCCCUUGCAGGCGUCGGUGGCCCACUCUUUGUUGUGGCCCUCCUUUGGCUGGGAUGGACUGCGUCUCCUAACAUCCACUGGUCUGUUCCAAUGUUUUCCGGCAUACCGUUUGGUGCAGGCUUCCUCCUAAUUUUCAUUGCGAUGAUCAACUACCUUUCCGAUGCGUACGAAACUUACUCGGCUAGCGCGCAGUCAGCCGCGAGUUUUGCACGAAGUAUCCUCGGAACUGCCCUACCAAUUGCUGCAGGACGCAUGUACGCCGUCCUAGGCGUGAGCUGGGGAUGUAGUUUGCUUGCAUUUGCCAGCUUAGCUAUGACAGCUGUCCCGUUUGCUUUCAUACGAUACGGCAACCGAAUCAGGGCCGGCAGCCGGUUUUGCCAGCAUCUGAAAGAGCUAAAGGAACAAAGAAUGAGAGAAGACGAAGAGGAGGAGGCCAGUAAUAGGGCUGCAGGACAGCUGACGGAUAAUCUGGAUAUUUCGGAGAAGGUCUGA